ACCGCAGCAUGACUUCCUGUUGUCUGAUCCUUGUCGCUGCGUCGAGCCGUGUUCUCUACAGCUGCGCGCUUGUCGUCACCUUUAGGUUGUCGGCCUAGAUGAAAGGGGAGCGUCCGCCCUUCCUGCGAUAGGAAACUGACGUAAAGAAACCUAAGCAGACGGAUCCCAGAGUGAAUUAAGAGCGUUCCUACCACCGCUGCACUGAAACUUCUCUUCUUUUUGCAUAUCUCUCGAACUGUCUAAUCGGUUCUUGCUAUUAUAAGGCGGACAGGGAAAAAAGACAGCUACCGAGAGCGACUGACAAGAGGAAAAUAAGCAGUGUGUAACGUUAAACUGGGUUUUGGCAUGGCUGAUCUGCUGAGGCUGCUGCUCCGGGUGGCUGAGAAAGCUGCCAAUGUGGCUCGGGUCUGCAGGCAGGAGGCUCCCCUCUUUCAGCUCCUAGUGCAAGAGAAGACCGGAGAUGAUAAGAACAAGAAGUUUGUCCAGGAUUUCAAGACGCUGGCUGAUGUGGUGAUCCAGGAGAUGAUCCGGCAUGAUGUUGGUGCUCAGUUUCCUGAGAUGGCUGACUUCAUUAAUGGAGAGGAGUCUAACAAGUUUGAGAAUGGCCUUGGAGAGAGUGUCACAGUCACAGUGUGCAGCACGGAGCAGAAGACCGCCACACUGCUCGCCACUGUGCUGGACGAUAACCAAACAGCGGCGUCUCUGCUGGCUCGAGCCAUCCACCAAGACCCAGCGACCAUCGACACCCACACUGAUGGUCUGACGGUGCCCCUCAGUCCCUCCGAGCUUGGCAUCUGGAUCGACCCCAUAGAUGCCACCAGUCAGUACAUAGAAGGCCGAGAGGAGGUGCUGGAGGAGGGACACUUGUCUCCUUCAGGGCUGCACUGUGCGUUGGUCCUCAUUGGGGUAUAUCUCAGGAACACCGGCGAGCCCGUCAUGGGCGUUAUCAACCAGCCAUUCAACCACAAGGACCCGGCAGGUGGAGGUUGGAGAGGGAAGUACUUCUGGGGGGUUUCCUAUGGCGCCAUCAACCUGUGCUCUGAGUCCCGGCCUGAAGCCUCAUCAGGAGCAGGAAUGUCUGUGGUGCUGAGCUCCAGUGAGAAGCAGGUGGUAAAAGAAGCUCUGACCUCUCUGUGCAGCCCUGACAGACUGAUGUAUGCUUCUGGAGCCGGCUUCAAGAUCCUUUGUGUGAUUCAGGGCCUGGCUGAUGUUUAUGUCCUCUCAGAGGGGAGCACCUUUAAGUGGGACUCCUGUGCUCCUCAUGCCCUGCUCCGAGCCCUCGGAGGUGGUGUGGUGGACCUUAACAAGAGUCUACAGUCGAGCGCUGGAGUCCAGGAUCAGCAGACAGAACUGACCUAUCACCAGCCGAACGCUGAGCGUAAAGGAGCAGACCGCUGGGCCAACCACGGCGGCCUGGUGGCUUAUCGAGACUGUUCUCAGCUCUGCAGUAUCACAGGAGCUCUAAGAGGAAAGCUGUAGUCAGAGAGAGGCAGAUGUGAUCAGCACGAGCUGAGGUGGUUGUUGCCGAUAUAUUCAUAUUAUUUUUUUCUAUAUAAUCCAUAUGCAAGAAAGAAGGACAGGGUAUGGGAUAAAAUAUUUUAAUUAUUAAGAAAUACUGUAUAAUUUUUAACCUGAUAGACUUAAAGGUGCUUCUUCCACAAGAAGAAUGUCCAGUCUGUAAAAAUAUUAGUUUUAAAUUCUACCUGGUUUAAGCCUUUAUGGGUGGAGGGAGUGAGGUAUAGUGUGCAAUAUGGAGCUAAAGAUUACUCAAGCUGUGUUUCCAACAAAAGAACUCAGGAAUUGAGUACCUGGAACAUACAGGGUUUAAAGACUCUUCUAACACUCUUGUCUGUAUUUCCACUGAAGGCUAGACUAGAGGCCGGUGAAAGUCUGAAGAUUUAAGCUGCUGAUAUGUGAAAGAAUCUUCUGAAUGUUGCGAGUACUUACGUCAAAAAAUGUGCCAUGUAAGUUCCACCCAACAAAUACUUUCAGAAAGUGCUGCAGGGGCCUUUUGGUGGGUAUAAUCAAGAUCCAGGAGCUUUAUUUGGACCAUGGUUCCUGGUGGAAAUGCACCGAGUGCCUCAUGAAGUCCUUCGCCCUGGUGAAAGUUCUUGUCAUGGAAACACAGCUUGAAAUGAAUCUGAGUGCUCACACUGCUAUCAGGAUGCAGUAUCAGAAAGUAACACAAAUCUUAAAUUUAAAGGGGAGAGAAUAGUCACUGGUGCUGUUUAUCAAAUCCACAAUAAAGAGAAGCAUUUUUAGCCGGCCUUGUUGAAGGGACAAAAGGGCCUGGUUUUUGUUUGGGUUUAAAAACAUGAGAUAAGUCAUAAAAUGAAUGUCCUUAAUUGUGUAACCAUCUAACAAUGACAGUCAAUGAAGGUGUCACUGUGAGGUCAAGAGGUGGAUUGAUAGAAGCUAGCUGUGAUGAAUCUGUGUCCGUAUUAUCAGCUGUUUAGAUCUGAUUCGUCGGCCUCCUCAUCACUGCUACAUCAAACAGCAGAGUUAAACUGAUCUAAUGUUUAACAUUGCAAACAUUUCAAGGCUUUGUGUCAUCUUUUUCAGGUUAAAUAAAUAUUUGUUAAGAUACAAGCUCACUGCAGGACAGCUGAGGAACAGGAAGAGAACGGUUAUAUGACAUUACAAGACUGCCUCUGAAUGAUAGGGAGUUGUUUCUGGGAUUUUAUUGGUCAUAAAAUUUGUCAUUAGGUUAUGAAAAAGGAACUGUGUAAAUGUUCCACCCUAUCUAACCUGUAAAAGGCUAUGAUAAGUCAAGUGAGCAAAUGAGACUGAAAUCAUGCAGUGUGCAGGAAUCUUCACCUCUCUGAAACAGCGCCUUUUAAGGAGCAGAGGGAUAGACUUCACCUGCCCUCCUUCCACAGAUACAGCACCACCAGUUUAUCAGGUCAGAGCAGGGAAAAGCCAUAUGAGGUAAAACAGUGACACAGAGAGCUCCGCUCACUGUCGGUUUACAGGAAAAUGAAACAUUAAGUUGAAGGUUUGGAUCUAUGCAGGCUGAACGAGGACAGAAACAGAUCAUUAUAAAACAUUUAAAAACCACGAUGUGUGACCCGGCUUUCUCUGUCUCUGAAUGUGUUUAAGAUAUCUAUUGUUCAGAAAUCAUUUGUUCUGUGUAUUGAGUAUAAAGUGUAACAAGAAUGUGCAUAUAGUAAAUCAUCUUUAUUUUGAAAAUCAGAGAAAGCGGGGGAAAGAAACCCAACAGUGAUAUUUUCAAACUGUUUUGCCAGCCAGGGGAACUCGCAUUGUGAUUCCCUACAAAAAACCCUGAUGAUUGUCAGAUAUAUAUUUUUUUUUUGCAAUACUUCUGCAUAUUCUGUUGAAAAACUUAAAAAAAAGAAAAAAAAAAUCAGA